AUGGCAAGGUGCUCUUGGACAAUAUUGUUUCUUCUCUCUGCCCUUUUCCUUCAAACAGAGCAGACAGUGUUUAUAUCAGCUGAUGAUGCAAACAGUGUUAUCAGGAGACAGAGGCGUGCCAGUUCCCUGCUUUUUGAAGAGGUCCUCCAAGGCCACUUGGAAAGGGAGUGCUUUGAAGAGAGAUGUACACAUGAAGAAGCAAGAGAAGUAUUUGAAAAUGAUGAAAUGCUUCAAAUGUUUUGGGAAGCCUAUUAUGGUGGCAGGAGAUGCUCAUCGAGCCCCUGCCAGCACAACGGCGUGUGCCAGGACAGCAUCCGCGGCUACACCUGCACCUGUGCCGAGGGCUACGAGGGAGAGAACUGCGCUUUUGCCAAAAAUGAAUGUCGCCACCAAGCGAAAGAAGGAUGUCACCACUUCUGCUACCCAGGAACCAAUUCCUACCAUUGCUCCUGUGCUGAUGGCUACAAGCUUGGAAAGGACAAAAAACAGUGUAUCGCGUUAGAUCAAUGUGCGUGUGGCAGACUUCAAGACAGUGAUAAUUUGAUAAGUGAAACCAGGAAGGAACGUGAUGAGCGAUUUCCUUGGCAGGUUCUGAUGCUAAACUCAGAAGGAAAAGGCUUCUGCGGGGGAGUGCUGAUAAAAAGUAACUUUGUGUUGACUACAGCUGAGUGUGCCCUUCUGCACAGCCAUUUUGAAAUCAGGGUGGGUGCCGGGCGUAAUGGAACAAGUGGAACUGAGAAGACAGUGCAAGUUCGUGAGAAACACAUCCACAUCUGGUACGAUGAGGACACUGGAGAGAACAACAUUGCAUUGCUACAACUCCAAGAGCACGUUGAGUGCAACAACCACCAGCUUCCUAUAUGCAUCCCUGAAAGAGAUUUUGCAGAACACAUUUUAAUUCCAAAAUUGGCUGGCACAGUCAGUGGCUGGAGAAUGGAAGAUGAUGAACUUCAAGCUGAUGAGUUGCAGGUUUCAUACCUUCCUGCUGAGGACUGCAAACAAAUCCUCAACAUUAGCCUCACAAACAGGCAGUUUUGUGGACACCUCCAGGAGGCUGUAGACCAUCAACUGGCUGGAGGAAGCUUUUUAGCUACUGAGUAUAAAGGCACAUGGUUUCUGACUGGUAUCCUGGGACCUUGGCCACUAGAAGACACUGCCUGGGAAACACUUCUAUUCACUAACACUGCAAGGUAUAUAAUAUGGUUUAAACAAAAAAUGAAGUAA